AUGGGGCGCCCUGGUGUCCAGCUCCGGCUGGUGCUGCUGUGGGCACUGGUGUGGGCACAGGAGACAAGGUCUGUGUGUCCCUCUUGCGGGGGCCCCACCCUGGCGCCCCAGGCGGAGCGAGCUCUGGUCCUAGAGCUAGCCAAGCAGCAAAUCCUGGAGGGGCUACACCUGACCAGUCGUCCCAGGAUCACUAACCCUCCACCCCAGGCAGCACUGAGCAGAGCUCUCCGGAGACUACAGCAGGGAAGUGUGGCUCCGACGAAAGGGGAGGAGGUCAUCAGCUUUGCUACCACCACAGAUCCCUCCACUCCAACCUGCAGCUCCACGCUCACCUUCCACCUGUCCACUCCUCGGUCCCACCAGCUGUUCCACGCGCGCCUGUGGCUUCACGUACUCCCCACCCUUCGUGGCACUCUUUACUUGAAGAUCUUUCGUUGGGGCACCAGGAGGAGGCACAGAGGGUCCCGCGCCUUCCUGGCUGAGCACUCAAUUACAAGCCCCGGCUGGCAUGCCCUGACUCUGCCCUCUAGUGGCCUGAGGGGUGAGGAGUCUCGUGUCCUGAGACUCCAGCUGGACUGCAGUCCCCUAGAAGGCAACAGCACAGCUGCCGGCCAACCUCCGCGCCUCCUGGACACAGAGGGAAACCAGCGGCCCUUCCUGGAGCUGAAGACCCGUCCCAAUGGGCAGGGAGCAGGCCGCGUCAGGAGGAGGACCCCCACCUGUGAACCUGAGACUCCCUUAUGUUGUAGGCGAGACCAUUACGUAGACUUCCAGGAACUGGGGUGGAGGGACUGGAUCCUGCAGCCUGAGGGGUACCAGCUGAAUUACUGCAGUGGGCAGUGCCCCUCCCACCUGGCUGGCAGCCCGGGCAUUGCUGCCUCCUUCCAUUCUGCUGUCUUCAGCCUCCUCAAGGCCAACAAUCCCUGGCCCUUGGGUACCUCCUGCUGUGUCCCUACCACCCGAAGGCCUCUCUCUCUCCUCUACCUGAACCGCGAUGGUAAUGUGGUCAAGACAGAUGUGCCCGAUAUGGUGGUGGAGGCCUGUGGCUGCAGCUAG